AUGUGUAGAACAUCGGCCAUACUACCGCUCGGAAUAUUAACUCUUGUUGUUCUCUCUAGUGCCUACGUACAAAAUACUCACGAGUUGUAUACGACGCUUUUUGAGAACUACACGAACAUAUUGAGGCCUGUGCAAAACGAACAAGAAACUGUUCGAGUUUCUGUUAAAUUUCUUCUUCGAGGAAUUAGCGAAUUUGACGAAGUGCGUGGCCAGUUGUCAUUGGCUACUGCUGUGGACUUACGGUGGCGGGACACAACUCUAAGCUGGAAUAGGACAGAAUACAGUCCGCGCGUUCUGGUCCUGCCCGAAACACAAAUUUGGACACCACGAUUAGCUCUGUCCAAUCCCACUAACCGAAUACUUCUAUUCUUUGAAGACUCGUUUCCAGUUCGGUUAUAUUCGGAUGGCUCCGUGAUUUGGGUGCAAGGCGGUACUAUUAUUUCUACCUGUGUGCCCAAUGUGGAGAAGUACCCUUUCGAUGUUCACAAAUGUUACUUGGUUAUACUAGUAAUACCUUACACCCGUGCUGAGGUCCAACUUUACCCGUCAAUCGGUCUGUCCACCUUCGAGAAGUUUGGUGAGUGGGAGCUCGGUAAUAAUAGUAUCGAAGAACAAUUAUAUGGCGGAUUUUUCUCCUCUAUUGUGAUUAGUUUAGAAAUCAAAAGGAGACCGGAAUUUUCUCUCUUAAGCACAAUCUUGCCUAUACUGUUCCUAGGUGUUCUCAACGCUUGUGUGUUCCUUCUACCACCAGAGCAAGGGGAGCGCGUGUCCUAUGCCCUCACUGUCCUUCUAUCCUUUGCGGUCUUUCUGUCCAUUAUCAGUAGUGUCAUGCCAAAGAACUCCGAGCCUGUACCUAUUCUAUGUUAUAUCAUCACUGCCAUGAUGGCCAUGAGUGGACUCAGCACUAUAUGUACUGUAUUGUGUCUCCGCUGGUACUUCGCCGAUCAGAAACAAUCAGUUCCUUAUCUACUGACCAUAAUGUGCCGAAAACGGAAAGGAAAACGGAGACACCAGAAUUGUGACAUUACCAGUGACACGGCACCUCACAAAGAGAACCAAACAGAGUCAACACAACUCGGGGAAUGUCGAGUCACGUGGAGGGACGUGUCUGCGACCUUUGAUAUUGUUAACCUUCACCAUCGCCAAUCUAUAAAGGACUUGGAAAGCUACUCUCAAACCUCAAGACACCGACGCAGUUCUAUUUACUAA